GUCCAGGCCUUCCGCUCGGCCACUGGCGCGCUGUCGUCGCGCACACUCGCGCGUUCUUCGCUGAACGCCGUGAGCAGGAGAGCCGCAGUCGGCACGAUGAGGUCACGCUAUUACUCAGACCAGACGAAGAACGCGCAGGACCCUAUACCGGCUGAGGAGACCGAGAAGGACGAGGUAGAGGUGUCUGUAGAGGCAGAACUCGGGAAGAAGCUGAAGGAGGAGGAGGCAAAAGUAGCUGACUGUAUGAGCCGGUUACGGUACCUCCAGGCCGACUUCCUCAACCUCCAGCGCAACGCUGCGAGAGAAAAGGAGCAAGCCCGCGACUUCGCUAUCACCCGCUUCGCUGGCGACCUCCUCGAGACGAUCGACGUCCUCUCCCUGGCGUUGAAGUCCAUCCCAAAAUCCGCCCUCGCCCCCCCACCACAAUCCGCUGACGCUUCCUCGUCAUCAUCACAAUCCUCCGACACACCCGCAGAGAAGGGCGCUGAUGCGCACUUACGAGACCUCUACGAGGGUGUCGAGGCGACCCAGCGGUUACUCCUUCACACCCUCUUCAAGCACCACGUCAAGCCCUUCGACCCCACUGGGGAAAAGUUUGACCCCAAUAGGCACGAAGCCCUCUACCAGGCGCCGAUUCCUGGAAAGGAGCCUGGCACCGUGCUCGAGUGCCAAAAGGUCGGCUACAUGAUCAAGGACCGCGUAUUGCGCGCCGCGCAGGUUGGCGUCGUCCAGGAUACC